AUGUCCGGCCAAACGAUUCAGAACCUCCAAUCUUUUGACCCGUUCGCGGAAGCCGAUGAGGACACCGGGGAGACCAAGCAGUCUGGAAACUACAUCCACAUCCGUAUCCAGCAACGCAAUGGACGCAAGACCUUGACCACGGUCCAAGGACUGCCCAAGAAGUUCGACCAGAAGAAGAUUCUCAAGGUCAUCAAGAAGAAGUUUGCGUGUAAUGGCACCAUCGUUGUCGACACGGAGAUGGGAGAGGUGAUCCAGUUGCAGGGAGACCAGCGCAAGGAUGUGCAGGAAUUCCUCACUGACAAGAAGGAGGGCCUCGAGCUGGAUGCCAAGACCAUCAAGGUCCACGGUUUCUAG